AUGAUUUCGCGUGAUGAUUUCAAUAGAAGUGUAACAAUUGAAGGGGAAAAUCGGUGGUUAUGGCAGGGAGAUAGUGAUUCGGAAGAGGAGGAACAAAGACAUGGACCUUCUUCUGAAGCUUCACAUUUAGGUCAUUUGAUUCCGUUCAUGUUCACGAAGUAUUUGCAAGAUGCUUUUAAGGAUAUCAUUGCUUGCAGUUUUGAUCUAUCAACAACAUUCAUCUUCUCUGAUUUUGAUUUUGUUGGUGGUGCCUUCUACAGGAACAUGGUAGAGGUUGCAAAGCGUGUGGCUUAUAACCAAGCUGUUGGCAUUUUUGGGUUCACUGGGGAAGAUCAUAUUGGAAAAGUUAGUUUUCCACCUGUGCAGCCGUCUCUCCGCUUUGUGAAAUGUGCCUAUAGUUGGCAAAAGACCAAUCAUUGGAAUGCGAUUGUUUCUCGAAGGCAUGAAAUGCAACAGAUUAGCCAUACAUCAGAAGAGAUUGAGGCAGAAAAAGAUACGACUGUACCCUGGAGAGGAAAUGUAGCUGUUGUUAUACCCCUGUUUAGAGGUGUUCGACUGGAAUUGGUUGUAUCAGAGUAG